UGCACACAACUUGCGUUUUGUGACCAUAGAUAUCUAUGCUUGUGACCGUAGCAAUUCUGUCUACAUCAUUGCUGUGCUCGUUACUUACGUUUCCUCGCCGUUGUGUUAAAGUUUGAACUAAUUUGUCACUUUUUAUGCAUUUUUCUGCGGACCAGUGUGUUUCCAGUGACGUUAGUAAAGUUUUAUUAGAGCUGCUGGAUGUUUCAGAGAGCCGUUAACCGUGUUUAGCUAGCAGCUGGUGGAUGGCAGGUGACGGUCUGCCGCUGGAAAUAACGUCCGUAGCUUCAGUCUGGAGGUAAAACACGCAUUUAACGCAACUCGGGCAGAUGCCUCCUAACAAGAGAAUACAGAAGAAAGCGCUGAAGUUGGAGUGUGAAUGGGGUUCGUGCCAGGAGUCGUUCAGUCGCAUGGAAAACUUUUGCAAACAUGCAGAGGGUCAUCUUACUGCUCUGAACAUGGCGGAGGAGGAGGAAGACGAAGCAGAAGAGGAGAGAAACUGUCUCUGGAGAGACUGUGGCUUCUGCUCUGUUGAGGGCUCUGAAGAACUGCGUCGGCAUGUGUUCUUUCACUGCUACCACACCAAGCUGAAGCAGUUGGGUCAGCAGGUCCUCAAUGCCCAGCCAGAAAUUGGCAGCUGCUCCAUCGCCUACCACAAUCGCAACAUCAUCCCCGAAAUCCCAGACAAUUUUAUCUGUCUGUGGGAGGAUUGUGAGCAACCGCCGUAUGAAAACCCAGAGUGGUUCUACCGACAUGUGGAGAUGCACAGCCAGUGCAUAGAUUUACCGACAGGAGACUGUGAACUGCCAAUACGCUGUGGAUGGAAGGAUUGUGAAGCCACUGCUAAAGGGCGUCCGAAGCUGCGGGAGCACCUGCGCAGCCACACCCAGGAGAAGGUCGUAGCGUGUCCAGCUUGUGGAGGGAUGUACGCCAACAACACCAAGCUCUUUGACCACAUCAUACGACAGAGCGCCAUGGAAGGUCAGAGGUUCCAGUGUUCUCACUGUUCCAAACGCUUUGCAACAGAAAGACUACUGAGAGACCACAUGAGGACUCACGUGAGCCACUACAAAUGUCCGUUGUGUGACAUGACUUGCCCGUCACCCUCUUCACUGCGCAGCCAUAUCAAGUUUCGCCACAGUAAUGAGAAGCCGUACAGCUGUGACUACUGUGAAUACAGCUGUAAGAAUCUGAUUGACUUGCGCAAACACCUGGAUACCCACAGCAGCGAGCCGGCUUUCCACUGUGACUUUCCCGGCUGUGGCUUCACCUCUCGCACUCUUGGCACCAUGAAGACUCACCACAAGAGAGAGCAUGAGGGGAGUUUUGUAGCUCGCUACAAGUGCCAUGUGUGUGGCCAGUGUUUCACCAGGGGCAACAACCUAACUGUCCAUCUGCACAAAAAGCACCAGUUCAAGUGGCCCUCUGGACACCCCAGGUUCAGGUACAAAGAACACGAAGACGGUUUCUUGCGCCUGCAGCUGAUUCGCUAUGAGAGUGUGGAACUGACAGAGCAGCUGAUGAGGGAAAGACAAAACAGGCAGGCGGAGGAUGACGACGACGACGACGGUGACCAGACUGAAGGUCAGGAGCUGGAGGAGGAAUCUGCAGGAGCAGCUCCUUCAGAGGUCCAGGUGGAACUGAGAGGGGUGCUGCUGGAGGAGCAGAGGACUGAGGAACCGACCAUCAACACAGAGGAGGGCGGUCAGGAGGAGGGCAUGUUUUACGUCCUCACUGGAGGUUUGUCACAGGGAGGGGAGGACUCUGUCAUGCUGCAGCUGCAGGACGCUGCUCAGCAACAAGGAAUGCAGGUGGUUUGACUCAACACACGUCCUGUGCAUAGCAGGAAGGUCUACAGAAAUACAGCUUAGAAAUCUGUAUUUUCUCUCCUGCUGCAGGGACACAUACUGGCCUUGAGCGGUCUACACUAACUUAAUAUGGCUGUUAGCCUUUUGAAAGGAGCAGCUUCAGACAUGUGGAGGAUAAAGAAGAGGAGGAGGUUCGUCCUGCUGCUUCUGUCUGAUCAUGGAUCGGGAUCAGGAGUGUUUCACUGCUCGUCUGCAUAAGGCUGAUGCUGGAGAAGCUGUACAAUAUGGAGUGGUGCAGCGUCACUGAUCUGCACAGCUCUGCCUUUAGGACAAACAUGGAUUAUGACUUUUUGCUUGUGCUGCUUCUUCUGUGGAGGACGUUAGUGUCUAAUGUUGGCUGGUACCAAGAUGUUGCUUAGAUUUUAAUAUAAAGUGAAAACUUUGAAGGAAAUUCUAACAUUCAAAUGAAGAUAUACACGCUCUAUUGCAUCUGAUCUGGACGAUAAGCCUAUAUUAGGUUACAAAUCUGUUUGGCUGUGUUUUGUUUGCGAAUGUUGAGCAUCCUGUUUGCCUGUGUUUUUAAAUUAUUUUCAGUUCAUUCACUGUAUCACGCUGUAACAUCUUAACAGUUGGAUGCUAAUCCUGCGCUGCUCACUGGGUUUUCAUUCAUUCAAAUUUAGAAAUACAUCAGCCACAACCCUUAAAGGAUAUGAGUCACAGGAACGGAGCGUUAGCCUUAAUAUUCAUUAAAAUGUGUGAAAUCCAGCAGAGAGGCGGCUUUGGAAAUGUGUUGAUUCUUAAUCUGCAACUUGAAUAAACACGUGAAGCUUUUGGUUUA